AUGACCGGAGAGCCAAAGCUGCCUCCUGUUAAGGAAGCCCCAACAACAAGCCCUCCGCAAGUUGCGAGCCGCUUUGGGUUUCCCAAACAGGAAGGAUACUCGUUAUCACAUUGGCUGUUGAGCGUGCAGAACGAUCCGCUUCUCCAUCAUCGUACAACGCCUCAAUUGCCCGCGAGUGCAGACAUUGUCAUCAUCGGGUCUGGGAUCACCGGAACCUCAGUCGCAAAACACUGCCUUGCGACCUGGCCAGACAAGAGUGUGGUCGUGGUUGAGUCUCGCAUGUUUUGCUCAGGUGCUACUGGCCGUAACGCUGGACAUUGCAAGCCAGACCAAUACCGCGGGUUCAGAGAAUACGAAAAGACGUUUGGUACGGAGCAGGCACUCAAGAUCCUGCGAAAUGAGUAUCAGACAUGGUCUGACGUGGUGAGAUAUGUCCGUGAAAACAACGUCGAUUGCGAGCUCUGGGUCGGUGACACGCUGGACGUUCCAACUACCCCCGAGCUGGCAGCGGCCUCAAAAGAUUCGUUCGACCGCUUGAAGGCCGCUGGUGGCCGUGUUGAUCAUAUCAAAGUUACAGCCAACCCGGCCGAAGCAGCCAAAAUAUCUCGUAUCGCAGACGCUCAGGCGUGCUAUGCCUGGCCUGCAUCCACGCUCCACCCUUGGAAGCUCGCAGCACAUAUCAUGCGCGAGAACCUCAAGAAAGGCGUGAACCUCCAAACUGGAACUACUGUCGUACGAGUGACCCCAGGCCCUCGAAGUUCAGGUAUAUGGAUUGUUGAAACGAAUCGCGGCAACAUUGAGUGCACGCAGGUCGUCCACGCAACAAAUGCAUACAGCUCCGCACUCGAACCGUCGCUACGUGGACUCAUUACCCCUACACCUCAUAUGUGCAAUAGAGUUGACCCUCCCAAGACUUUCCAAAAGGAUAAAGGCCUUCAAAACUCCUACGGUGUCCUUUUGCCUGACCGGGCUCUGCUUACCAUCAACCCUCGGUGCACCAGUGAUGGCUCCCCCUUAUUCGGCGGCAGCAAUCCUGGCCAACUGCAAUUUAGGAAAUGGUUAGAAACGCACCCCGAGAGAUGCACAGAUGAUGGCGUGGUAAACUUCGAAGCCGUCACGCAAGCUGUGAAGGACUUUGCGGAAUCCGAGUUGGUCGGUUGGGCCGACGGUGCCAAUGGAUCUGAACAGGUCUACAGCAACAGUUGGAGUGGUAUAAUUGGUCUUAGUGCCGAUGGCGUCCCCUUUGUUGGGCAGGUACCAGGACUACCGGGCCAGUGGGUUUGUGCUGGCCAUCAUGGACAUGGAAUGGCUCGCAUCUUCACUGCCGCACCAGGAUUGGUAAAGCUGAUGGCUGGUGGCUCUUGGGAGAGCACACAAUUGCCUGACGUCUUCCAAAUCACCCAAUCACGUAUGAAACGAUUGGAGCAUUCCACAGGCCCUCGCCUAUGA